AUGGAAGAGAAUUUGUUGAAAGAUUGGGAGAAAUUCCGUUUGACUGAGGAUGAGGAGGCGAUUGUAUGUAAGGACUUUGAGGAGGCGACUGACGAAGGUUCAAAAUCUCAAAUUUGCGUUUCUCUUAUUGGUAAAAUGCUCACAGGUAGGCCUUUUAAUUUUGAGGCAAUGAAGAAGACUCUAACAUCAAUUUGGCGAUUACAUAAUCAUGUUGCUAUUAGAAUGAUUGAGACGAACUUGUUUGUUUUCCAAUUCUUUUCUAUAGAAGAUAAGGAAAGAAUUCUUGAGGGGUGCCCUUGGUCUUUUGAUAACCAAAUUUUAUGCUUGAAAGAGAUUCACCCUGAUGAACAACCUUCAGAUAUCCAGUUUACUCAUACUCCGUUUUGGGUGAGGCUCCUGGACGUUCCUUUUGGCAAAAGAAACUCAUCCUUCGCAUAUGAUAUUGGUGAGUGUCUUGGUGGCUAUCUUGACUAUGACAGUGUUGAUUAUUUGGGCUGGGAUGAAUUUAUGAGGAUAAAGGUUAUGAUUGAUAUUCGUAAACCUUUGAGGAGAGGAGUAAGACUAGCCACGGGGAAAGGUGAAGCAACGUGGCUUGAUAUUAAAUACAAGCGUCUUGGAGAUUUUUGUUAUUAUUGUGGCAGGCUGAGUCACACUGACCGUAACUGUCAUUAUCAAGAGGAAACAGUUGAGAAGGGUACGGUGGUUGUGUACCAAUAUGGAACCUGA